ACAAAAAGUCUUAUUAUCUCUUUUUCAAAUCUCUCUUUUUGUGUCUCUCUCCAUACAUUCAAACUCUUCAAGAUUACUUCCUCUUCACUUUGACAAGAAGAACAAACCAAGAAAGCUCAAAAAUACACCGAACAACAUAAAAAAUGGCGUUGAUGAGUUCAAGAACAACACAAGACAACUUAAUUAUAGUUCCCACCAGAUCGAAUCACCACCAGUUAGACUCAAAACCCUCCGGCGAACGGAAAGUCCCCGUCGUUUAUUAUCUCAGCCGGAAUGGCCAACUAGAUCACCCACACUUCAUUGAAGUACCUCUCUCUUCUCACAACGGUCUCUAUCUCAAAGAUGUGAUCAAUCGUUUGAAUGAUCUACGAGGCAAAGCAAUGGCUUCUCUCUACUCUUGGUCUUCAAAACGAACUUACAAGAACGGAUUCGUAUGGCACGAUUUAUCAGAGGAAGAUUUCAUUUUUCCCGUUCAUGGCCAAGAAUAUGUACUCAAAGGCUCUCAAAUUCUUGACCUUGAUAAUAACUCUGGUAAAGAAUCUAACUUCUCCGCCGUCACUCACCGGCGUAACCAGUCUUGGAGCUCUAUUGAUCACUACAAAGCGUCCACUGAGUCAACUCGUAAACUCGCGACGGACGCUUCAACACAGACUGAUGAUCGUCGGCGGAGGAAAAGUCCGGCGAAAGAGGUGGAUGAAGUGAAUGAGAUCACUGAGCUGAGUAAAGAAGAGAUUACUUCACCUCCACAGUCAGAUACGAGUCCAGAAACAUUGGAAUCAUUGAUGAAAGCAGAUGGACGGUUGAUAUUGUUUCCGGAAGAUCAAGAAUUGAAUGGGACGGUUGAGAAGAUGCGUCCGUCGGCUGUUCUCAUGCAGUUGAUAUCGUGUGGUGCCAUGUCGUUUAAGAAAUGUGGUCCGACGCUAAGGAAUGGGAACACGAGUAGUAGGGUGGAAUGGAGAACAGGUAAUUAUAGGCUCGAAAGGGCAGAGAAGGAAUUAAGGAGUUUUGGAAGGGUAAACUUGGAAGAGAAAGAGUAUUUUAGUGGUAGCUUGAUUGAUGAGAGUAGUAGUAAGAAGGAACUUGUUCCUGCUUUGAAGAGGUCUUCUUCUUGCAUUAAGUCCCCUGUAGCUAGCUUUGAUUAAAGAGUCUCUUUCUUGGUUCGUUGGGAAUGUGCAUGAUGAGAAAAGGAGUUUUAAGGAUGGGUUGACGAAGGAGAAAGAUGGGGAAGAGGUGGCUCGGGCUAACUUUAUUCCGAGAAACCCAAAUUCUGUGGUGGACAGCCCAUAAAGCCCAUAACAAUGCAAAGGCAGGUGUUUGAUAAAGCGACAGGAGAGAAAUUGCAUUGAGGUGUUUUUUUUUUUUUACUAUGUUUUGGUUGAGUAAACAAAUACAAAGUAUGAUUGUUACAUGCAUGUAAAUAUGUUGUAGUUUAACGUUUGGUGUUUUAUUGAGGUCAAUAUGAAUAUGAUUGUUUUUAGAAUC